AUGUCCGACCUCCUGAACAAGCUGAGCGGCGCGGUCUCCGGCCAGAGCGGCGCGAACAACAGUGCUGGCAUGGGCACGACCUCUGGGGGCGGCAUGCAGCAGACGGGCGAGAAGAAGGACUGGCUCGACAAGGGCAUCGCCGCCGCGGGCAAGAAGCUCGGCGUCAACGUCAGCGAUCGGAACGCGGACAAGGUCGGGGACUUUGCGAACAACCAGUUCUCGAAGAAGGAAGGUCACGGUCUUCCCGGUGUGCACUAG